UCUGAUCAUUUUAAUUGAACACAAUCACAGUAAGGCACUUUAUUGUUACCCAGAAAUAAUUUGAUAUUGAGAUGAAAACGGCUGCAUUGGACCUUUAAAUAUAAACAUAUCGGUCUAAACUCGCCGUGCUUGAAUGAGAACGUUUAUCUCAUCCACCCUACAACACCAGACACCAAUACGCGCGUACACGCUCACAGACGCAAAACACGCACGGCGUCUGGUACAGUGGAUUGCACCUCGUCAAAACAACACGGGGGCGAGCAUGCAUGCUCCUGGAAUGACUCCCGCAGGAUAGGUCGCUGGCGCAUCGCACAACUGCACCAAAAUGCCUGUUUGGUCAGUGCAGACUGAAAAACCAACAAUGAUAUAGACUAUGGGUUUUAUUGCAGAUAGGCUAUACAGUUGAUCAAUGCUAUAUCCACCUCAUUAUAUUAUAAGCAACACGAUCAGGAGAAGGAACGUUGAGUUUGAGGGCCUCAUUCCAACAAAGAUUCCUGAUCUACCCCCUUUAACUGAAGUCACAGUGGCAACACUAUUUGAGGAAAUAGAGAACCAGUGGGUGGUCUCUGACUUUUUAGACAUCAGUCUAUCAGAUGAGAAAUCAAUUGCCAAUGAUGAUGAUGAUGAAGAUUAUCAUCCACCUUCAGAGUUGGAUGUUCCAGCACAAGUGGCAGCUCGGCCCGUGGACACAACUCUAGACAACCUAUCAAACAAGAAAUCCAAGAUUCCACCAAUGGGUAAGCCAUGUGGUCCCAAAUGCAAGAGGCAAAGUAGUCAGAAUAUUUCAGAGGGUAGGCAAAAGGUAAUAUGGGAAAAGUAUUGGGAGAUGAAGUAUAAGGAGAAGAGGACAUGGAUCUUUCACAUGGUGGCACAGCAAUCUAAGGAAAAUAUCACUGUUGGCGCUGACAGUCGGUUUGGAAGAUGGUUUCUGUACCACCUUCUGUAACACCUCAAAAAUGACAGGCUGAUUGUCACAAUGAUGGGCAAGUCAAUCACCACCAAACUGAUUCCACCAAAGGAUCAGAGGGGAAAGAAAGCUUCAGCGAGCAAAUUGAACAUGAAUCCAAUCCUGCACACAUUGAGUCCUUCCAUCCCCAAAUCAGCCACUACAGACGAGAGCAUGCCCCUCUACCUCCCUAGUGACGUCAAUAUACGGUUCAUGCAUAAUGACUACAAGGAAAAGAACAAAGAUGCCAGCUGCGGUUACGAAACUUAUUGCAAGGCGGUAAAGGGAAGGAACAUCAGCUUUGUGAAGCUUGGAGAAGAGGAGUGAGAGCUCUGUUUGGUGCAGGGUCAUCAUCCUUACGAUGGAGCACAGGAAGAAUGAGGCCAUGGAAACCCAAGCCUGCCAAGACAACAGCCAUGCAGCACUUGAAUUCACCAUCCCCAACCCCGACUGCUUGCAAUGUAGGAAAUAUGAGGAGUAUAAGAAGUCUGCAGAGCAGAGCAGAAGCCAUUACCAGGCUGAUGCACAGAAAGAUUGGCCUGAGGACUGGUCUGUGAGGAGCGUUGAUAUGCAAAAAGUCAUCAUGCUCACUCGCAUGAGAGGUGUGAAAACAGCAUUGUUCACAAGAAUCGUUGCCUAUCACGAGACAUUCGCUAUCAUGGGAAAGAAGUCUCAAAGGAAGAAGAAAACAAUCUCAGUGGUAUGGCAUGAAGGAACAGCUGGUCGGAAAGCAGAGGAGAUUACUUCAUCUUACGUAACAGCACUGGAGAGGGAGAGAGAUGUCAAGCAUGCAGGGUAUUGGGUGGAUAACUGCACUUCACAAAACAAAAACUGGUGCCUCCUAACAUCACUGGUGAGUGUUGUCAAUGCUGACUCAACUUUGAUGGAGGACAUCACCCUCAAGUUCCUCGAGCCAGGACACACCUUCAUGAGUGCAGACAGUUUCCACCAUGGCGUGGAACAGGAAAUGAAAGCUCGACCUGGAGGUGUGGUGUACGACUUCGGGGACUUCCUCCAUGUGGCUGCAACUUCCAAUGCAGGCAAGAGCACUGAAGAGCACUGAAGAAGUUUUACUUAAAAAUGAAAUGUUACAUAAAAAUGAAAUGUAACUAUUCAGCAUUUUAUCAAUUGUAGAUAAAUGUAAUUUGCAUCCUCUUAUGAAUAUGAACGUGAAUAUGUUUAAAAUGUAUUCUUAAAGCUGUCAUUUAUUUAUUCAUUCAAAAGUGUCAUUUGAAAAAAUACAAAUAAAAUGUUUUU